UUAAACGGUUGGAUAAUACGAAGCAUACAUGCUAAUGGAGCCUCCUUCUUUUUUAUUUGUAUGUAUAUACAUGUAGGACGAGGAAUUUACUAUAAUUCUUAUCAACUAACUAACACUUGGGUAGUAGGGGUAAUAAUACUAUUACUAACUAUAGCAACAGCCUUCUUAGGUUAUGCUUUACCCUGAGGACAAAUAUCUUUAUGGGAAGCAACAGUAAUCACAAAUCUGCUUUCUGUUAUCCCAUACGUAGGUAAAAAUAUUAUCUUAUGAUUAUGAGGAGGAUUUUCUAUUGAAAAUGCUACAUUAACACGAUUUUUCGCUAUCCACUUCCUUAUACCAUUUAUAAUUGCAGCUUUAGUGAUAAUUCACCUAUUAUAUCUACACCUAAUAAUCUCUAAUAAUCCAUUAGGGGUAAACAGUAACACUGAUAAAAUUCCAUUCCACCCAUACUUUUCUGUUAAAGAUUUAAUAAGAUGCAUAAUAAUAUUAUUAUUUUUUAUAUUAAUAAAUACUAUAGAACCACAACUUCUAGGAGACCCUGAAAACAUCCCUGCAAACCCAUUAGUAACUCCUAUCCACAUUCAACCAGAAUGAUACUUUUUAUUUGCAUACGCAAUUUUGCGAUCUAUCCCGAAUAAAAUGGGGGGUGUAAUCGCUAUAUUAGCAGCGAUUAGUAUAUUAAUAAUUUUACCUUUGUUAAAUAAAUCAAAUCUUCCUAAUUCCAAAUAUUACCCCUUAAGAAAAAUAUUAUUUUGAAUUUUUUGUUUUACUUGAUUAUUAUUGACAUGAAUUGGCGCCAAACCAGCUGAAGAACCAUAUAUUUUUACAGGUCAAGCUUUAUCGAUCAUAUAUUUUAUAUAUUUUAUUUUGUCCCCCUUAAGAUCAAAAUUUUGAGAUAAAAUAACUCAA